UCUUUUCAGGUUUACAUCUGGACUGAGCCGCACAACCUGCUCCCCCUCAAAAUCUAGUCCUCAGCGUACAUCCACAGCCCUACUUUACUUAUCUACAGCUGGAAGAUGAAUUAUUGGCUAUUUGAUUUGCAGCAGUGUAAUAGUUAAAUCAGUGCCGAAUGCGUUAUUUGAUGUGGUGUGUGGUGCCUAAGCUUGAACAGUCGUCUACAGUGAGAAGAUGGCGUCGGACGGAGCGAAAGGGGAGCAGCCACCUCCGCUACAAACACUGGUAACCACUGGCCAUGGAAGCGUCGAGGCGAAAUGUGAGUUGAACAUCGACAACCUGAGCAAACCAGAGCUCCUGACCCUUUUGAGUAUCAUGGAGGGAGAACUUGAGGCCAGAGACCUGGUCAUUGAAGCUCUUAGGGCACGAAGGAAAGAAGUGUUCCUGCAGGAGAGAUAUGGACAAUUCAGUCUGACGGACCCAUUCCUUGCCCUGCAGAGGGACUUUGAGUCCGGGACGGGGUCAAAGGACUGCAGGCCUGUUAGCGCGAGUCCCAUUACUGUGCUGGAAGCUGUUAUGGCCCAUUGCCGUAAGAUGCAGGAGAGGAUGUCUGCCCAGCUCUCGGCCGCUGAGAGCAGACAGAAAAGGCUUGAAAUGGAGAAACUGCAGCUGCAGAGCCUGGAGCAGGAACAGAGGAAGUUGUCGGCUCAGCUGAAGGAUGAGCGAGAGAAAAACAAACACGUGGUGAUGUCACUGGUGCAUGAAUGCAAGCAGCUAGCUGCUCGUGUGGUCGAAGAGAAUCAGCGCUUUGAGGAGCUCUCGUCCCGCACUGAGCAGGACGGCCGUUCCGUGGGACGACUGGAGGAAGAACUGGCAUCCGAGCGACGUCGCAGCCAACAGAUGGAAGCGGAGAUGGAGAAACAGCUGGCCGAGUUUGACACAGAACAAGAGCAGUUACGGUCCAGGCUUAGCCGCGAGGAGAUGCGUGCUGCAGAGCUGCGAGCUGAAAGUGAGAAUCUCCGCCAGCAGGUGGAGCAGCUAAGAACUGAGCAAUGCAAAGACGCCCCACCACUGCCUUCUGCCCCAGCAUCUGCCCAAGUUAAACCCAAGACUGUGGCAUCUGUGGCUGUGGGCACUGAGGCAACUGUCUGCAAGACUGCCUCCUCUCAGACAGAUGUACCGCUGGAAAAUGAAGGAGCUAAGAAAAUGCCACUUUCUAUCCCCGUCAAGCCUACAGGUUCCACCUAUGCUAGCAUGAACCUACCUAGGACUUCCAGUGUGGGGCGGGGGCUACACCACGGGAGCUCUCAGGCAGAAAAUGGAGGAGAGGGCCAAACGCAUUCGCAUGGCUCACAUUCACCUGGUGUGUCUGCUACCUUGCCGACUGGGGUCAGUCCACGCGUCCAGGCGGCCCGUUACAAAUUCCAACCCUCUGCCUCGGAGCAGGACCAAAAUGGAACCGCAAACCAGAGCCCCCCUUCCCGCGACCUGUCCCCCACAAAUCGAGACAACUUUGCAGCCAAACAGCAGGCACGCCACACAGUCACACAGGUUCUCUCCCGCUUUACAAGCCCUCCAGCAGGUGGGCCCCCUGCAGCCCUUCGCCCUGGUCUGCCACACUCCGCAUCUGAGGGGGGACCCUUCACCGGGCGUUUGGGCCACCCCCAGAUAGGCCUUAAAUCACCAACUGUGGCCCGCAUCGACAGGGGUAACCCACCUCCCAUCCCACCAAAAAAACCAGGACUGUCCCAGACACCAUCCCCUCCACACCCACCAAUCAAAGUAGUAGGUGAAGCCAGCAGGUCCCCAGGAACAGGACUGGGGGUGGGCCUUGCCAAAUCAACUGCCACCCCUCAGCUUCCACCAAAGCCCUCCAUAGAUUUGGGCGGUACAGUCCCAGCCUUGACUGCGUCACAGGUGGGUGCUUCCUGUACCGGCUGGCCGUGGGGGUCGCAGCCGACAGCAGCAUGUGUGGAAUGUCCCCCUGUCACAACCUCCUCCACAGCUACCAUUGUCAGUAGCCCCUCCAUAAACCCACCUAGUCUUCCGUCCCAUAGCCCCCAGCACCCGGGCAGCCCCCUGGCAGCAGCAUCAGGCUGGUGUCCCUCCAUAGUCUCCUCGCUAACCUGCGGUGACCCCGUCCCCCUGGAUGACGGGCAAACCCUUCUCCUCCAAGCUGCUUCCCAGGGAAAUGUCACUUUAUUGUCAAUGCUGCUUAACCAAGAUCCACUAUUGGAUAUUCAUCUCCAUCAACACGAAUUAACCUCUGCCUUGAUCUGUGCUGCUCUUAAUGGAUACACAGACUGCUUAAAUCUGCUGCUGACUUCAGGGGCAUCUGCUGAUGCUGUUGAUGAAACAGGAUUUACGCCGUUACAUGCCGCUGCUGAAAAUGGUCACCAUGGGUGCAUGAGAGCUCUUGUGAAAUGCGGAGCUGAUUUGGAGAGGGAGUGUUCGCAGGGAAGGACCCCUCUGUACCUUGCCUGUGAACAGGGACAUGUGGAGUGUGUGAAAGUCUUGCUAGACGCAGGAGCAGACUGUUCACAUGUCACAACUGACAACUGCACAGCUCUGCACGCCGCAGUCAGUUCAGGUCAUGUGGGCCCUCUAAAGCUCCUGCUACACCACCCAUCUCCUGAACCAGACUUGGAUCUCCCUGCAUCUCCUUCAGACCCCAACCAGGAGCUCCAACACCCUGGCAUAACAAAGGCCAGUCAAAUUCUCAACCACAGUAACCAGGAUGGCUGGACUGCUGCCCAUAUUGCUGCAUCCAGGGGCUACAAGAAAUGCCUGGAGGUUUUGUGUAACCACAGUCAACAGGACAUGGAGAAGAGGGAUAAAUGCAAUCGCACCAUACAUGAUGUUGCCACAGAUGACUGCAAAGACCUACUAGAGAACCUGGACUGGUACAUAGUGGUUGUACAGGUGCUCAUGAGCUCACUGGAGCGUCUUUGCCCUGUGGAUCUCCUGGAGGAUGGCUGCGCUGUUGGCAAAGUUACAAUUCAGCACCAUACUAGCUGGGAAGAACUAACAGGAAGCUUGAGUCACCUGCUGACCAAUCACCUCCAGCUAAUUUGUGGGAACUGGGAACUGGAGGAAGUUCUGGGCAGAGCAAACACUUUGGGCCUCUCUUCUAACAGCAUGGCCUCUGUAAUUAUAGGUGAUGCUGAAUGGUUGCCAGGGCAGGAGCUGCCUCAGUCUCCUUGGGACCUCGUUCGGAAGCGUCUGAGCCAACGUAUUACCAUACAUCUUAAAGGCCUGUCAGAGUGCACUCUGGAUGAGAUGACUUACGACUCCCUGAUCCCUCUACAGCUGCUGCAGAACUAUGUCCGUCUGGUGGAACAGUACCAUAACGUCAUCUUCCACGGGCUGGAGGGCAGCUUUCAGGAGUACAUCGCCAACCAGAUCUCUCAUUAUAUCAAGCACAGACAGGAGGCCCAGGGGAUUGGCUGUGAUGUUGUCAGGGUGGAGAUAGAUGAGAGUCUAUCAAAAGAGCACCUGCUGGAGAUCUUCAUCAACUGUGGGUUCCUGGUGUCUUUGCAUGAAGGCAGCACUGGGCGUUGUGUUGUGGUGGUUCUGGAGGGUCUGCAGAGAGCCCACUCUCUCAGCCACCUCCUGGGAGACCUGUGUGAAGCCCUGGAGAACCGAGGAUCUGUCUAUUCCCUCUCCCUCAACCAUGGUCACGAUGGGCUUUACUAUUUCCGUGAAAGGAGCUUUUUGAUUGGCACACUGGCCAAGCCUCGCCUACAGGGUGCUGAGCUACGAUUACAGCAGCACUUCCGCUGGGUUCAGCUGCGCUGGGACACCGAGCCCCUCAAUGGCAUGCUGGGACGUCAUCUACGCAGAAAACUCCUUCACAAGGCUCAGGGCCAGUGCUGGACAUCUGAUGAUCCUGUACACAAAUUGCUUUCUUGGGUGUGCUCAGUGUGGCACCAGCUCAACGCCUGCCUGACGCGUCUGGGGACCUCAGAAGCCUUGUUGGGACCCUAUAUCUUCCUCUCCUGCCCUGUGAAUGCAGAACAGACUCAGGCCAUUCCCAAGUGGUUGGUGAGGCUUUGGAAUGCAGUGAUAGUUCCACGGGUCGAGGAUGCUGUUAUAUCUAGAGUAACAGCCAAACGCUCUCCCUCCCAACGACAGUCUCCCAACAACAAAGGACUGAGUCCAGGUCAGAGAGCAGUAGUCAAAGCAGCUCUCAAUAUCCUGCUGAAUAAGGCUGUUCUGCAAGGCUGCCCACUGCCCAGAACAGAGAUUAACAGGUUCUUACCCGAGUUCCAGGGAGGAUGUUUCCCUCUUUCCACCAUUGGCUCCGCCUACAGGAAAGGUGGCAGAAAAGGACGUGAUAAUGGGGCUUGGAGACGAGCCAAUACCAGUCCAAGGAAGAAAGGAAGCCCCGCCUCUGGGAGGAGCUCUUGCUGCUCUUUAAGAGAAGGAUCUCUGGCCAAUUCAAGCACUCACCCAAUAACAAAUGUCAAUCAUUCAAGUUCCUGCAGACUCAGUGAUGGAGUUGCUGUGGGUCUGUCUCUCUGCUCUGAUGAUGAGACGGAUCUCAUCAGAGAACUCCAGACCAUGUGCGCUAGCAAAUCUGAGCCAGACAUAAGCAAGAUUGCUCUUUUUAAAGAGGACUUCAUCAUGCUUCCAGACUCGAUUCCACCCAGUCCUCAGAGGAGUGAUGGCAAGGUCACGCAGCCCCAAACAAAUCCUGUUACAACAGAGAGUGCUGUGGAUAUGACCCAUCCUCCACCACAGAAGAUCGACGGUAGUCAUGCUUCUCCUCAGCGAGUGACGAGACCCAGAUCGCAUCUGCCCGUCCCCAGCAGCAGAGGGGCUCAGCAGGUGAACGCCACCAGCAGCAGUUCCCUUCAGAGUCACAGCAGCAACCCUAGCAGAGCAAGGCAGCCCCCAUCCCAUAACAACAGCAACAACUUCUCACAAGACAACAUCUGCUUCCUGGACCCCAACUGUAAUGAAAACUACAGUAACCAUGGAUAGACACCUCCCACUGCCCUCAGUCUGUUAUCAACAUCUAUGUUGUGAAGUUUGGUUACUGGCAGUAUUUUAGUAUUUGUACAUGUUGUCCAUACUUGUUACACUAUAUUACAUUGUGUACUUUGGGACCAUAGUUUUAAUAUAUUCAACUGUUUAAGUAAUGAAACUUUGAGGAAAAACAAGUACGAUGAACUAACAGGAAGACUGCUUGAACACUUUACAAUUUGCCUUUUAGGUCAAAUGUUUUGGAUCAAAGUAAGAGCUGGUAGUCUUUUUGCUCUUUGGUAUUUGCAAUCAAUCGUGUUUUACGUUUAAAUAAGUGAAAGGUGAGUUUUAAAAACUGUCGAAAUCAGGGUUUUACCAAAUAUGUGUAAAUAAGAACUGGGAACUUAAAUGAUGUAUAGAUUAGUGUGUGUGUGUGUGUGUGUGAGUGAUAUUGCGCUUGUACAUUGGAGGAAUAUUGAAGGGAAAAUGAGGUGUAUAUAUUGUUUGUAAUAUUAAAUUUUGGUUCAUAUUUUUUCACAAACUGAAUGUGGCAAUAAGUACCACCAUUGCGAACACAGGAUAUUUAGUUUUUGUCCGUUAAGCCAUAAUUAGUAUUUUCAAUUACUCUCAUGCGUGCUCAGUGUCUGGCUUGAACUUUGACUUUGUGAAACCCAACUAUGAAAUCGGAAACGGCGAGCAUUAUCGGUCGCUUUUCGUUUGUCUUCUAUAUUGAACAGUUAGGAUAAACAAGUAUUAUUUUAAAGUCAGUAUUGCUCAUAUGUACAGAAGAGAUUCUAGUCGACCUCUGAUGUUUAAAUGUAUUAUAGUUGUCGGAUGAGGUUCAGAGAGAUUGUCUUGUUUCCUCCAAGCACAAUAAUUAAAAAUGCACUAUCCUAGACAUCACCUCAGCGCUUGGCUUUUCUUUCUCCACACAGCUAAUGCUAACAUUGUGUUGGUUUGAAACCGAA